GAUGACGUAGAAAGCACGCGACGUCAGCAUGAGCUCCAUACGUCGUAUAAUGAAGGGAUGUAAAUGCUGAGUUAAGAUACCAUAUUUUAACGAAUAUAUCACACAACAGACUAAUUAAAAAGUUAUUAACAAUGGAGCUGACUGAAGUUGUUUCCCCGCAUGUGGCAGUGCCCGUGUUUGGUGUUCUGCUAUGUGCAUUUCUUGUUUUUGCCUUUGGUUUCAAAUCACCUGCUCAGCCACCGAGUUUCAAUUUUGAUGAGGAAAGCAAGAAAAAGAAGCCAAAGAAAACCAAGCAACAGAAGAGUCAGACAAAUGGCCAUGUCACUACUGUGCCUACAGAAUCCAAUGUGCCAACCAAAUCCCAGUCCUCGCCUACACAUGCUGACAAACUAGCUAAGUCCUUGUCCCCUGGCAACAAAACUGGCAGAAAGGCAGAAGUUCAAACUAAAAAGUCAAAGAAGAUGGCUACAGUCCCAGCUACUGCCAAGGUGAAGAAAGAAGAAGAUGGAUGGACCACACAGGUGUCCCGCAAGGAUAGGAAGAUGAAAAACAAGAAGGAGGAUAAGACUGACUCUGGGUCAGGAGAGGAGUCAGAGGUUAAAAUGAUACAGGUUGAGGAGGCUCCUCAAGAACAGAGGGCAAAGGGCAAAACCAAGAAAAAAUCUCAUAAGGAAGCAGUUGAGCCAAAGGAGGAAGUGAAAGCUAUCAGCAAAUCAUCAGAACCUGUCACCAAGGCUCCAGACGUAGUCAGCAAGGUCCCGGAGCCUGUAACCAAGGCUCCAGAUGUAGUCAGCAAGGCCCCAGAACCUGUCACCAAGUCUCCAGACGUAGUAAGCAAGGCCCCGAAACCUGUCACUAAGGCUCCAGAUGUAGUCAGCAAGGCCCCAGAGCCUGUCACCAAGGCUCCAGAUGUAGUCCACAAGGCCCCAGAGCCUGUCACCAAGGCCCCAGAGCCUGUCACCAAGACCCUAGAGCCUACAGCUAGUACAGGAGAGAGUGCUGGAGCCCCAUCUGGAAGUCCCAACAAGAAGAAAAAGGCCAGGAAAGCUGCUGCUGUAGAGGCUGUGAAGGACCAAAUAGAAUCUGCAGCAAAGCCAAGCACCCCUGUUCCAAAGAAAGCUAAAUCUAAAUCCCCAUCUCCUGACAAACCUACAACUGAUGAUGGCAAAAAUAAAGCCAAUGAGGCUAGCAAAUCAAAAUCCCCAUCUCCCGAUGCAGAGAAGUCCAAAACCAAAGAUGCCAAACCAGGAACAGAAGCUGCCAAACCCAAGUCAGCUGAAACAGGCAAAGACAGCACAGCUAUAGAAUCCUCCAGUGGAGACAGUAAACCUGUUAAAAGUCCCAAGAACAAGAAAAAGAAUGAGAAGGCAACAGUCACAGAGACAAUUGUCAAAGAGACAUCCCAAUCACCAACACAAAUUUCCCAACCAUCUGUCACAGAAACACCUGUGACUAGCAUUGGUUCACCUGUAGAAGGGGCCAAGGCCUCAUCUGAAGUGCCACAAGUGGUGGCUUUUGAUGAAAUGGGACUAACUACAGAUUCUUGGACUGAAGCAAAAACUAAAAGUAAAAAGAAGAAGCCAAGACGUGAAAACUGAAAUCUAGUCCGUCGAGCAAACCUUUCAACAAUGUAAGGUUUACAGAGAUAGCUGAGAUACAUAGGGACAAUUGUCAGUUCUGAUACACAGCAUGACAGCUUGGUACAGACAUGUCCAAACACUAGGGUCAUUGUCUGCUGAUUACUUGGUGCUUAGGACUUUACUUGUAUGUAGACUUGCAUACUUUUUCAUUUGAUAUAUUUUUCUUCAAACAUAGAAUCAUGUUUUAGACAUUGAUAGUAUUGUUUAUAAAGACUAAGUAUGGCUCUAUACAAUGGAGUAUGAAUUCAUCAAUUUUUUCAGCACAUUGGGACAUUGAGGCAGAUGGAACUGAAAACUGGUUAUUCAACAUGAUAAGUACCCCAAUAAUCACUUAAGAACAAAACUGAAUGCCUUCUUUGAAGUGGAAAAGAUGAUAAGGAACAGAUGGAAUUCUGUUUUUGUUUUAAAGUUGACAGUCCUUCAGUAGUAGUAUUUCUAUAUAAUGACUGGCAUCACUUGUGUUUUGUUAAAGUCUAGUCAGUGGAAUAACAUCUUGAGAAUGAAGAUGCCUUUUCAAAACUGUUUUAAUUAAUAUAAAAUUAUAUUAAUCUGUACAUACAUGUAGGUAGUUGCAAUUUCACAGUUUUACCAGUUGGCUGACUGUAGUCUUCUUAUUUUAGUCUCAGUUUCUGAAAAAUCACGUAUGAUGUGGAACACUCCAAAUGUUAGAUGAAAAAUCUGAGGAUUAAAGCAAUUUUGUAUUAACCUGAAAGAAGAUAUCUCACUUUCAAUACAGCUUAAUACAGUGUAGUAUUAUAUACUUAAUACUGUACUGCAAAUAAGUAUGUGCUGCUCAGAUCAUUCACUUCACAUUUUGUAAACUGGUUUUAGGAUACAUUGGUCUUUUAUAUUUUUUGUGUUUAGAAAUUAUGACGUUUAUCUGUCUCCUUAUCAAGGUAUCUACCAACAAUAUUUAAGCCAUUUAACAUUGCCCUUCCUUCCGUUACCAUAGGUGUUGGUGUAUUUGAUUUUCGGUGAUCUGAUUGAGUUGUUUUUUGGUGAGGGUCAGCAUUAUAGCUACAUAUUGCUUACAGCAUGUUUUAUAAUUAAACAGGGUUUGAAAAAAUGCUAUGAAAAAGCAUAUCACUUGAGUACUGCCUCAUUCCUGUCUGCCUACUGUAGACUACUUGCAUUUUAGGUGAUAUGUGUGAAAUUCACAUAUCCAUUCAAAAGAACUGUUUAAAUUCAUGUCAAUUAUCCGAGAUAGAAGUUACCUUCCUCGCAGUCUACACGAUCUCGGAAGUGCAAUUGCUCAAAAACCUACAAAUGUAAUAAGUCUAUUUUUGUACAUAGUCCCAAAAAAUUGACCAGUAAAACAAGAAAUUGCAGCUUUUUUUGAGAAAUUUGCAAAAAGUAGCCUUCUUAAUAAUACCCCAUUUACGAUAUUAAACUCUUAAUUGAUAAUUUACAUCCUUUUUCUUUUCCUUUUUAUUUGUUUGAAUAAAAAACACAGUUUAUAUAAAGAAGCAUUUCCAUACAAUCAAUGAUUUUACAGAAUCUUUCAGUGGCUAGCUUGUUCUUGAACAUCAAUAGGGGUAUUAUCACUGGUAUUGAAUACAUAGAGGGACAUAACCGUCUCUCCUACUGUAUAACAAUAGGGGUAAUAUCACUGGUAUUGAAUACAUAUAGGGACAUAACCGUCUCUCCUCCUGUAUAACAAUAGGGGUAUUAACACUGGUAUUGAAUACAUAGAGGGACAUGACCGUCUCUCCUACUGUAUAACAAUAUGGGUAUUAUCACUGGUAUUGAACACAUAGAGGGACAUAACCGUCUCUCCUACUGUAUAACAAUAGGGGUAUUAACACUGGUAUUGAAUACAUAGAGGGACAUGACCGUCUCUCCUACUGUAUAACAUGAAAUGUUCAGGUGUGCUUUCUUUCGUGGUUUAGAGCUCUCAGAUCAUUUCGUGGGUACAAACUUUCUUUGUUAGCCCGUACAGUAUUAAUUUUCGCUGUUAGCCAGGUCCACUAUUCCGAGAAUCAUUUGUCCAAUACCGGAACACAUUUGCGGUAUGUUUUAAAAUGACAAAGAGUCACUAAUCAUAAUUAUCUGUACAAGUCAAACAAUGAAAAUAAUCAUCACACAGGUAAAGUAAAUAUAACUGUGGUUGAGAGUGUUGUCAUCAUGCUAAGAAAACACUUUGUUGCUAACCUGUUCUCGCAACGCCCCGUAUGCCUACUAUUUCACUUGAUUGGUUAUAUUCUUAAUUAAUCAUUACUUACUGAUAUUUAAAACCGAUUGAUAACACAUGUCCAUUUCAGGAAAAAAACAUACCUUUAGUUUAAAUGAAUUGUUCAAUUAGGUUCUGUCUAAAAUAUUUGUUUGUGAAUCUCUGUGUCAAUAUCACACGGAAUGUGAAAUCUAUAUAUAGACUAGAAUAGGAAUAGGGUCUGAUGGAAUCCUGAAUUGUAAAUUUGCCACGAAAAUGCAUACAUUUUUUAUACGCAUAAAAUAUAUACAUGUACUACCUUUGUGUGCACAUUUUUGAAUGAAAUGAUUUUCACAUUUUCCUUGUGUAUAUUCUUUCGAGUUGUAGAAAUAUUCGUUGUAUUUAUAUUCAUGGUUCCAUAGCAACCACGAAAACAACAGAAGUGUAUACACAAUGAACAUUUCAUGUUAUACAGUAUAUGGUGUAUGAGUCAGCAUUUCUUCAUCAGUUGGUAAAACACAUUUAAAAUAUCUCAAAAAGCUAAAAAAAAACCAUGAAAAUACUACAAAAAUCCUUAAGUGUAAUGUUUUGUAGAUAGUGAAUUGGUCGGACAAUGCUGGACAUGGGAGAGACCAGAGAGGUAUUUCAUCAUGAUUGGAGCUAAUCAAAUCAUUGUAUCUAUAUAAUAUACCUAGAUUUAACACAAUUGUAGGAAAUAGUUCUCAAUAUUGUUCGAUAAAAUAUUUGAUUGAUGGAUCAUUUUGGAAUUAUGAGAUAGUUAAAAAUAAAAUCAGCAUUGCCAUGGUUUUCUGAAAUGAUUUAACGUUAAUUUUGUAUUAGAUAUGAUUUUAACAUAAGUCUGCAUGUCAUCACUUUUGUUUUUCUCAAGUAUGAAUGGCAAAGUACAAAAACACUUCAAACAUUUGUAUUUUAAAGCGGUCUUCCUGGAAGGAAAAACAAAACUCCAAAAUGGUCCAACAAAAUAUAUUCAAAUAUGAGUGUCGCCAAUGUAUUUUUAUUAUUUAAUCAAUUUCUCUCUAUCUUGGGGUGCAAUAUCUGGUAGUUCUCACCACUCAUUGUUUAUAUAUACAUGACAUGCAGGGCUAUGUACAUGACACAUUAGUAACCUGUUGUGGCUGUAACAGCCACACAGCAGAGAGAGAGAGUAUAAAACUCUGUCCUAUUUUUGUCCAGUUUCAGUACAGUAAAACCUCGUUAUACUGCCACCAUUUAUCCAGAGAUUUAUGGCGUUAUAAAGGGGUUUGGCAAUUAAUUGAGGGAAUUGUAUACAGGAAUUCUUAGUUGAACGAGAAAAAGGGACAUCAUAAUAUGUUGGGGGUAUGUGAUGUGGCAUAUGAAAUGAGGGGCAUUAUAUGGAGGUUUUACUGUACAUGUACAAUAAAUGUACAAAAAAGUGAUUGAUACUGAUUUGUCUAGUUGUGUGAACUACAUGUUGAUUAUCAUAUGAAUGAACUGUAUUUUUGUCUCUGCAUCCACAAUAGGACCAAAUACUAUUUUUGUAAAUAUUUUUCAGGAACUAUAUUAUAUAAGGUUGUAUAAAUGCCUUUAUGGAAGCACAAUGGCUGUUGUGUGGAUGGUGUAUAGUAGUACAUGUAUAUACCAGUUAAUAUAUA